AUGGAGGCCAAGUCAAACACCUCACUUUUCAUUUUCCGUCGUGGCACCGACACAGUGUACCUCCAGCUUUAUGUCGACGACAUCGUGCUGACAUCCUCCUCCUCGACUCUUCUACGUCAGACUAUCACGGCUCUUCAGCCCGAGUUUGCCAUGAAGGAUCUGGGAGCUCUACAUCACUUUUUGGGGAUCUCCGUCCACAGGUGCACGUCUGGAUUGUUCCUCUCUCAGCGGCAGUAUGCAUUGGACAUCUUGGAGCGUGCAGGCUUGACUGAUUGCAAGCCCUGUGCCACGCACGUUGAUACUCAGCCCAAGAUGUCUGGUACCUUCGAGUCUCCUGUCAGUGAUCUGACUCACUAUUGCAGCUUGGCCGGCGCUCUGCAGUAUCUGACUUUCACUUGCCCGGACAUCUCCUACACCGUUCAGCAAGUGUGCCUAUAA